UGUUGAUAUGAUGUACGACUGCAAAGGACCUACAGCUUCCUAAGCUCUUACUGAGACUGAGCCUGAAACUCUAGACCAGGAGGGUCUGGUAGAAGAUGAGGAUGGAACCACUGACGGAAAACAUCUCCUCACACAAAUACUUUAUAUUCAGUGGCUUCAGUGAGCUUGGAACACUAAAAUCCUUUGUUUCUAUCCCCUUCUUGAUCUUGUUAAUUGUGUCCGUGUUUGCCAACUCACUGCUAAUCUAUGUGAUCAUUUCACAGAGAAGUCUCCAUUCUCCAAUGUACAUUCUCAUUGCCUGUAUGGCAUUCUUUGAUGUGAGCCUGCCAUUGCUUCUAAUCCCCAACCUGUUACUGAAUGUCUUGUUUGACUUGACGAAAAUCUCUCUUAGCGGCUGCCUCGCUCAGAUGUUUUUCGUUCACUUCGUAGGAACUUGUCAGUCAACGCUGCUGUUCUGGAUGGCAUUGGACCGAUAUUUUGCCAUCUGCACCCCGCUCUACUACCAUGUCCAGCUGUCUUUGCCCAGAUUUCUUAAGUUUGUUAUCCCCCUUCUGAUCAGGAAUAUCAUCAUGAUCAUGGUGGUGGUGGUUCUGGCAGGAAAACUGUCCUAUUGCUUCAAUAAUGUGAUAAACCACUGCAUUUGUGAACACAUGGCUUUGGUUGAGCUGGCCUGUGGAAGCACCACCAUCAACAGUCUGGUUGGGCUGCUCACAGUGUUCCUGGUCACUGUGUAUGAUUUCCUCUGUAUCACUACUUCAUACAUUAUCAUAUUUGUCUCUGUGCUGCACUCAAGAACAACCAGUGCUAAAGCUUUGCAUACCUGCAUCACUCACAUCAUCGUCUUGGUCAUAAGUUUGACUCUUGUACUGACAGCUUUCUUGUCAUAUAGGAUCAGAAACAGUCUCCCAGCUUCUGGCCGACUUUUUGUUAGCAUCAUGUACCUGUUCCUUCCAAGCUGUUUUAACCCAAUUAUCUAUGGCAUCAGAACCACUGAGAUCCGACAACAUAUCUUAAGCAUGUUGUUGUCUUGCUUUCCAAAAGAACAGAAUAGAAUAGAAUAG